GUCUUCCUAUUUAAGUUUUAGUUAUCCAUUUGAUGCCAAUCAUUCGGGGGUUAAAAUUUUGUUUUUCUUCACAGUCGAGAAUACUGAUAUUGAUUGAUGGGACAGUUCAUCAAUCACAUAUGCCAUGAAUGCUAUUUCCACAAUAAAAACAGUUUUCUUACAAGUUGUCAGAUUUGUCUCACACAUUCUUCAUUCAUUCCGGUAUUCGAAACUACUCUCUGCCAAGUGUUCGUGCAAUGUCCACACACUUCAUCCUGAGUGUUGUUGGCUGAACAUCUGUCUUCUUGAUUGGUUCGUUCGACUUCAGUCGCAUAUCACAGGCACUGGAGGAGGCAGGAACGAACCGAUUCCAUCAAAAAGGGUAGUGCGCGGCUGUGUAGGAAAAAUCCGUGCCCAGAAAAGAAAACGAUGGAUUCUUUUCCGGCAGUGUAGGACGUUUUCAUUGACCGACGAUUAUCUUCACCGGAGUGUGGAGAGAGAGCUUGAAACUGGAUCUGCGCUUUGACGAAUAAUAUGUUCACUAUAUAAAGAUGGGUCAUUUCCAUUGUAAAGACUUACAUGCGUCCCAGUGAGGCGCAGAGGUUACACGCUUGAAUUCCUCUAGUUCAAAGAUCGACAUCCCUUGUCAGACUUUUAUUUGGAACUAUCUCUGAUGAGUAAUUCUAUACUCCUGGGGACUGCUUCAAAAUACUUGGAAAACAUUCAGAAGAUUUCGAAUAUCCAACCUCAUAAACCGAUCAUUUGACAUCUGCGUACCAAAUCACCGCCCUUUCCUAUAAACCACAAAGCACACGCACAUCCGUGUCACCGCAACCACCAUGAUCCAGGGUCUCGGUUCCGUGACGCAGGCCCUGCUCGGCACACUGCUGACAUGGGGUCUAACGGCGCUCGGUUCCGCCAUGGUCAUCUUCUUGCGAGGCAACCAAAGGAAAUCGCUGGAUAUCUCGUUGGGAUUCGCUGCCGGGGUUAUGGUUGCGGCCAGUUUCUGGUCCCUUCUGGCCCCAGCCAUCGAGCUAGCGGAGAGUUCCAACAUGUAUGGCAGUAAGGGCGAGUUUGCAUUUAUUCCAGUUGCGAUCGGAUUCUUGCUGGGAGCGAUCUUCGUGUACGGUACGGAUAAGGUCAUUUCGUUCUUGGGUAUUAACAGUCCUACGAUGAUGAUUGCGUUGACGCACGCCAACAAGGACAAGGCAGAUAUUGCGAUUGACGAUCAGGUGUCAACGUUGGAGCAUGGACGCAGUUCAUACGCAGGAGUACAACCGAAUCCCCAGGAUAACUCGUUGGCUAUCGGAAUGGAAAGUUUUGCCGAUUGUUUGAACGCCCAGCACGGAAAUGUUUCUCGCAAACGCAGAAAGGGAUCAGUUAAGGAGCAAUCCACAUAUACGAACAUCAGCCAAAGUCAGAUCGACGCACAAUUGUCACAGUGGAAACGAAUCAUGCUGCUGGUGGUCGCCAUCACUGUGCACAACAUCCCAGAAGGGCUGGCCGUCGGUGUGAGUUUCGGUGCUAUUGGAACAACAGAGUCGGCGACGUUCGAGGCGGCGCGAAAUUUGGCCAUCGGCAUCGGUAUUCAGAACUUCCCCGAGGGAUUGGCGGUGAGUCUUCCGCUGCACGCUGCUGGGUUCAGUCUUGGAAAGAGCUUCUGGUACGGUCAACUGUCCGGAAUGGUGGAGCCGAUCUUCGGAGUCUUGGGUGCUGUAGCGGUGAGUGUGGCCAGCAUUAUUCUGCCGUACGCCCUGUCGUUUGCGGCCGGGGCCAUGAUCUACAUCGUGGCUGAUGACAUUUUGCCGGAAGCACAUGCCAGUGGAAAUGGGCUGAUUGCCACCUGGGGAACGAUAGCCGGUUUUGUGGUGAUGAUGUGCCUCGAUGUUGGCCUGGGAUAAGUUUCUGGACGUUGGUGCAAACACACCAACCACAAGCAACUACAUUUAGAAUAGAAAACUACUUUGACGCAACAUACCGAUGUGAUCCUGUUGAAAUGUACUUUAAUCGACUAAGUAUUAAUUGUAUCUGAAUAGAACGUUGUGGAAAACAUUGGAUUUAGCAGAGAGAGUUGGUUUCUAAUAGAAUCCAUAAGGCUAAUGGGGAUACCCGUUGCAGUGCUGGGUAUUAUCGCCUGAGCGUGAAUAUAACGCUGAAACAUAUUUUCCCCAACACUUUUAUUUUUCAAAAAGUAGGAUUAGUUUGUACAAAUAAAAACCACUUUUAAGAUUCAAUUA